CAUUAUACUUAAUACAUGCAAAAGUCCAGAAACUGUGAGAAUAAUUUGUGACUGGUGGAAACGGAUGAUGCAAGAGUCUCAGUCAUUAGUGCGAUGACUAAAAAUGACUAAACUCCAUUUGCCUCGAUAUUUUACAUUUGGUACAUUACAUACAGUACUUUAAAUAGAUAUUGUAAUGUCUCUACCCAGGUACCACAAAGGUGACCAGACUGUUUGACGGUCAGAAGGAUCACCUUGUCCCUUCAGCAUCAUCAGUGCUUGUUGAGAGUGAUUUGUUCUUAAUGGCUGGUAGAAUGAUUGGACAUUCAUUCAUUCACGGCGGUCCCACUCUGUCAGGACUUAGCAAUGCAGUUGUCAACAUUCUGGGGGGUGGAACACCAGAGACUGCUGCUUCUGUUCUAACACUGCUGGACUGUCCUGACAUGGACCUCAGGGAGACAGUCGGCCUUCUGCAAAAAGAAGAGGCUUUAACAGAGGAAGAAAGCUCACGUCUCACCAACCUCUGCUUUGCCUGGGAUCUACCUGUGCCAAACUCCGAAAACAAGGACUGGCUCUUCCAAAAACUACUAAUCCAUGCUGUCAUUGGACGAGUUAGCCGUCAAAUCAAGCAGCUGCGCAAGGGUCUGAAGGACACAGGGUUGUGGCCACUCCUUUCCACCAGAGCAGAUGUUCUUCCCAUCCUUUUCCCAAGGGAGACAGAGGUGCAGUUGACAUCUGAGAUAGUCCUUCAGAGUAUCAGAUGGCCACAGCAAAAUGAAGACAGCAAUGUGGACAGCGAUGACGAUGUUCCCUCAGCAGCAACAGUGGACCGUGUGACAGGGUUCUUUAGAACCUUCAUUGAAGAAGCUACACCUGAGGUUUUGCGUGAUUUGAUGAAGUUCUGGGUGGGCUGGGAGGUGCCUUGCUCUAAGCUUAACUUGGUGUUGGUGGAGUCUACGCUUCCAACUGCAUCCACCUGCUUUGAGCGCUUGCGCCUUCCAAGCCACUACCACACUUAUACUGCUCUGAAGGCAGACAUGAUGUUGUGCCUCCGAUCCGUGGACAGCGGAUUUGGGCUUGUUUAA